CAGCGACUACCCCAAGCUCAAGCCCAAGCCCAGACCAAGAAAGGAUCAGGAUCAAAUCCCUAAUGCUUGCCACGCCAAACUAAACUUCAUCAGUCUCGACCCGCCAACUGAGACCGAAUACCGCAAUGCGCACGAAGCGAACAAGAACCGGAUGCUGGACCUGCCGCGACGCCGGAUAUAAAUGCGACGAACAGAAGCCGUUCUGCGGCCGGUGUCUGCGCCUCGAGAUCCGAUGCCAGGGCUACGGCGUUCGCUGUCGCUGGCGACCGGUUCGAACUCAGGGAUCGACAUCCAUGGUUCAGCAUCGGGGAGUUAAUGAAGCCACGGGACUGGAGCUGGGGUUGUGGUCUCCUGGUCUGUCCACGAGUGGACUGGCGAGCAGCGAGAAGAGGCUACUGCAUUAUUGGACGAAUACCCUGUCAGGCCUCUUAUCUGCAUCAGGCGCCCCGAGCGAACGCAAUCCCUUCGUCGUCCAUCUGGGCGCCAUGGUCCUCGAGCCUAGUGCCCUGCAGUCAAUCGUCUUGUGCAUGUCUGCAAACCAUCUGGCUCGUUCGAUGGACGACUCGUCCCUGCAAACAGAGGCAUACCGACACCAACAGAGCGCUCUGCGACGGUUACAAGUACUCGUCUGCGAUCCGGUGCAGAGCCAAGCGCAGACGACGCUGGCCGCCGUACUGAUGAUGCUAGUUGCCACGCGACUGUUCGACGAGGACGAGGGAGCUCACUGCGUAAACCAUCUCCAGGGUGCCAGCGCCAUGAUUGGUCGACGGUUUGGCAGCGCAGAGAUCCAGUAUACGCCUGCGGAGCGGUUCCUGCUGAGUCUCUUCUCGUACCAUGAUAUCCUGUCGUCUGUUUCCCGGGGCGCUCCGCCACUGGGGAAGUCUGUUGGGUUUGUCGCGGUGGAGGAUGUAGUGCGGUUACAGCGGAUUACUGCUGUGUUGCAUCUCGUUGCUCGCGUCAGUCAGUUGCAGCAGCUUAAGACAGAGCCCGGGUUCGAUGUAUGUUCCUUCCACGUCACAGCCGCGGCGAUCGAGAUAUCCCUACAUGGACUGGGCCCACUGUCCGAAACCCCCAAGACCAGCUGCGAAAGAGACACCGAGGCAACGGUCCAAGCAUACCGCCACGCCGCAUUCAUCUAUCUAUACCGCGUCUGGUUCGACGCCGGGGCCCCGACGCCCGCGACCCUCGAGCACGUCGAGCAGUGCCUGUCGGCGCUGGCUCAGGCCCUUCCGACCUCGCCGCUGGUGUCGGCGCAUGGGUGGCCGCUGUUCACGGCCGGCUGUGAGGCUAUUCUUCCGUCGCAGAGGGAGCUAGCACGAGAUCGGUUUGAGCAGAUGUAUGCUUCUCGGCGGUUUCCGUCUUUGCGGCGCAUAAAAGGGGAUAUGGAGGAGGUUUGGCGUCGGAAGGAUGCGGAACAACGCGUUGGGGGACUGGAUGGGAUGGCGAAGGUGGAUUGCAUUCAGGUGAUUCUACGGGGACGAGGGCGGGAGGUGAACUUCCUAUAAUCUUUUAGAUAGUUGUAUUUGCUUCUCGCGUAUAUCUACAGCGCAU